CGCUAUAUUUACUCCACUCAGUGGCCAGUGAGAGAUCCUUCACCUCAGCGCUACAUUCUCAUUCCCUGUGAAUAUAAAACCUCCACCUUGGACCUGCUAUCACCAUUUGCCUGUUGUGUUGUGGCCCACUUUGAACCCAUCCAAAGUCAUGGCCAUGCUUAGAGUUUCUUCUUACCGCAAGCUGUUUGAGGAUGAUAAUUGGAGUCGAAAUGGAGGGUUGAGUAUGCAUACUUCCUUUCCUUCUCUCAGGGUUGCGGCCGUUGAGAAGUGUGACUGUGACAAGUUAGAUUUUGUGGCUGCCAAGGCGCUGAACAAGGAAGGUCUGAACCGGUUUGUCCAGGACCGCACCAUCAUUGCUACCCUUAAUGACCGCCUGGUCAGGCUUAUUGAACUGGCCCAUUGUUUUGAGGAGGAGAAUGAGUCUCUUGAAUGUCAGAUUGUUAAACUAGAAGAGAAGCUGAACAGUCGACAAGUCACCUCCAGCAUCACCUCCACUGUGGCUGAGCCUGAAUACAGUCUGGAUGCAGUGGUGGAAAGACUGCGCAGGGAGAGGGAUGCGAUUCUGUGUGACACCGAGGAGCUGCAGAAAGAGCUUGAACUUCUGAUGAAAGAGUACGAGAAGGCUGCACAGCAGAGGGUCCUCUUACAGCAGGAACGACAAGAUGUAGCUGAGGAAGUGGAUGCCGUGACAGCAGAGUGCUUGGCACUGAGGGAGCAAGUGGCUAUCUAUGAGGAGCAGCUGGCCAACAUGGAGGCUCAGCACAAGGAGGCAGUGGAGACUCUGCUGGAGCCAGCUGAACGGACUACAGGAGCAGUGGCAGCUAUUAAAUUUGGCAGCCCUGAUAUGACUCCAGCCUUGGACGUAAAGGAGUACUACUGCCAGCUGGCUGAGAGCCUCCAGUACGAGUGUGGUGCAGCCUCUUCUGCUGUGGUUCACAGUGAUGAUGGAAGACAACUGGAAGUGGGAGGAGCUGUAGGGUCAACAGUGAAAGACUUGCCAAAGAUAAAGGACAUCAGUGAGAUAAAGAUGCUGAUUUCAGAGCUACAAAAGGAGCUUGCAGAGCUCGAGAAGUGUAACGAGGAGCUGGAGGACGAGGCUGAGAGGAAGAAGGCUGCCUACAUGGACGAGAUUGCUGAGCUGGAGUGUACUAUAGAUGAAAUGCGGCACCAGGAGGUCAACUUCCAAGUGCAGAUGAAGGAUCAGUGUGAAGACUACAAGGAGCUGCUCAGUGAGAAGAUGGCCAGAGACAUGGAAAUUGCUGCCUACAGGUGUCUGGUUAAGGAAGAAGAGGAGAGGCUGUGCAACCUGUGAUCUGUGAGACUGGCUGGCUGGAUUGUGGCUGGAUGCUCCCCCACCAGUUGAUUUGAAAAUACACAAAAGAGAAACGUGAAAAACCACACCCAAAUAAGCACUAGGAUGAAGCUUUAGGAACCAACACAGCAAUGUAAGCAGAUGUAAACUUAUCAUGGCCGAUUAAUGGCAUCUGGAGGCCUAAGCCGGGCCAUUGAUAACAGGUCACUGGCAAAUGACCCCGGGACUCUAAGAAAGAUGGAGCUGUCUAAAUUUGGUGGGAGGAUGUCGGGUUGUGCGAUGAGUGUGUAUCCGUUCAGUGUCUGGCAGGGAUAUUUCCUUAAGUGGGUUUUAUCUGUACCAGCUCACUGAUAUGUUUCAUAAAUGUUUUGUCCCCUCUUUGUUAAACAAGUCCCACACAAACACACAGAUAGAGAGACACACACACACACACAGACACGCACACGCACACACACACGCACACACAAGCUAAACUGCACGGCUCUGUGGAGUCAUCCCACCUCGUCCAUCACUCAAACUGAGUCUGAUUACCAGCUCUUAACCCUUGACCUCUUCACUGUCAGUAAAUGUAUUGACAGCUCUCCCUUUGGUAACUAAAAGCAUCCCACCUUUCGUUUGCUUUUACAGACAUGCAAUUAUGAUGUUGUUGGGUUUUUGUUAUUUUUACAAAUAACUGACAGUAGUGUGCAAUGCACUGUUUGCUUUUCAAAUGGUUCAUGAAGUUGUUUUUCUGCAGCUCUUACAAAGCGAGCACCUGGAUCUUUCUACAAGAAAAUCCUGUUCCAUUCAUUAUUUCUCCUUUGAAAAGCAAUGGUCCAAUAUUCUGUCGUUUCAAAAAUAAGCAUUUGGUAAUUCAUUCCUUUGUAAUCCUUUCCUUAUUUUCUACAUGACUUUCAAGCUGUCUGUAAUAAAUCAUCUUUGGUUCCUG